CACAGCGCGGAAUAAAAUUAUUAUAUUAUCUCAUGAUGCCAAACUUUUCAUUUUCAUUCUUCAAAAUUAUCACCCCCCUCAAUUAUACCAGCAGGCUGGUGGUGUCACCCAAAACGAAAAUUUGACCUUCUCUUCAAAGUUUUACACUCCUUUCCAUUUUUCAAAGAGGAAAUAAAAAUUCUCCAAAGAUGCCAACCUCAAUCCGAAGUACUUUCUUUAUCUUCGUCUUGGCCAGUACCUCUAUUCUUGCCACUCCCAUACAACCUAAACCGUCCACACUAGCUUCUGAGCUUUAUGGCCUAUCUUCCCAUCAAAUAAUGAACAUUGCCAAUGGUGCUGCCAAGUUUCAGGCUUCUAGUACAACGACCCGCGUUGCCAUAUCUACCGGAACAGCCAACCCGUGCUCUCCUGAAGUCCAGGCCCUCGCAUCCGGAAUCAAUUCAAAUAUUGCAGACCAGCGUAAGGAGCAGGCAGCCGUAAAAGCUGUGGGGAAAAUUCUUCAGCAAACACCCCUCAAUUCCUCAAUGUUUGACGCUGCAAAGUCCUCGCUUUUGAAGUUUGUUAAGAAAGGAAUUGCAAUUCGAGAAAACAACCAAAAGAUAGCUCCGACAGGAAAUGCGGCAAUACCUGGUUUGGCUACUGUCGCGACGGCGCAGCAGGAAGAGUUUAAUUUAACCAUGAGCUUGACGGCGAGCGAUGUCGCUAGAAGCAAUGCAACGGUCGCAAAAUUGAAGAAAGAUUUUGCAGGCGGGAUUGUGCAAAAUAUGAAGAAUUUGGCGUCGGCGACUAAAGGUUGCAAGAUGCCCAGCCCUACAGCAUAAUUUUGCGAAUGUAGAAGUGUUCGAGAGUAGUAUGGUGAUGCUGGGAUUUACAAGGGAUGAGUCUCCUUCAGGGAGAUACGCUAAUAAGCAUAUGUUGGACGCUGAUCGCUGUGAAAUUUAAUAGACGCAAUAUGUUUCCAUACGAGAAAUUUUAGAAUACAUGUGGCAACAU